AAGUGGUAUUAUAUAUUUUGUUUAAGUAUUAAAAUAUCUAGAAAAGCAAGUUUUUCCAACAAAGUCGAUUUUAUAAAGGAGAUAUCGCCAAAAAACUGAAAAUUUUAAAAAUAUACACCUUUACGAUACCGAAAACGAGGCUAUUCCUAGCUAAAACGGAAGUGACGUCACAACACAUCAGUUUGCGCCAUUUUUAGAAAGUCUUCUAUUGACCUGUGCGUGUUUUCCGGCGAAUAAUGGCCAGCAAAAGUGUCGGACGCAUGUGUGUUGUAGCGGGAUGCAGCAAAAGACAGUCAGAUGGCGUGUCGGUUCAUGUUUUCCCCAAAGAUGAGCGACUGCGAGCGGCCUGGUGUCGUUUUGUGAAGCUGACGAGGGCAGACUGGUCUGGUCCUUCGAAAUACACCGUUAUCUGCAGUGACCAUUUCAACGAGGAUUGCUAUGAGGUACAUUUCUCGCUCAUGAAGGACUUUGGGAUCCCAGCGAAGAAGCGUCUACGCCAGGGGUCCAUACCAAGCAUAUAUCCCAAGCGGAAAAGAGACCAACUGAACGAUGCGUUCCUGGAGUCUCCCCAUGUAUUGGCAGAGCUGCUUCAUGACAACACAGAGGUUGAAGAAAUACAGGAAGAGUCACAAGACCAGGAUGAAUGUGUUGGGAUCCAAACAACGCCUGUUCCCUUUCCCACACCUGUUUCGGUAUGA